AUGCCGCCCAGGAGGGCCCCGACGGCCUACUUUUUGUUUUCGCACGACGAGCGGGCGGCUGCGACCGAGGAAUGGCGCGCGAAGCACCCGGACAAGCAGUCCGUAGCCGUUGCCGAGGUCGCGUCGAUCCUCGGCGAGCGCUGGCGCGCGCUGCCGGACGACGCGAAAGCACGCUACCAGGAACAGGCCGCUGCGCGCGCGGCCGAGCUCGCGGAGCAGGUCGCGCAGGAGGAGGUUGAGCGCGAGGAGCACGCCGAGGCGCAGACGGCCGCGAAGACCUUUGCGUUCCCGCUCACAACGGUCAAAAAGAUUAUACUUGCGGACAGCGAGAUUAAGCGCGUGGCGAAGGACGCGGCGCUGACGCUGAACAAGGCGUGCGAGCUGUGGCUCGGCGCGCUCGCGGCGGGCGCCGCGGGCGCGGCGCGCGACAAGGGCCGCCGCACAGUCCGACUGGAAGACCUGACGCAGGCCAUGAGUCAGGACCCGGCGCUGUACUUCUGCAGGGAGCACCUCGCGACGUACGUGCAGCCGGAGGUCGAGGAGCGGCAGGAGGAGCGGAAGGCGGCGCUGGCGGCUGCGAAGAAGAAGCAGGGCGAGGCGGAGGACGCGGGGGCGCCGGAGGGGGGGCGUGCGAGCGGGGACGAGAACGCGCAGGCGGGGGGGGGCGAGGGGGGGGUCUCUAGCGCGCGGAAGCGCAGCGGCGGCGGCGAGGCGGCGGAGGGCGCGAGCGCGGAGAAGAAGAAGGCGAAGGUGUCGAAGCGCGAGGCCGCUGCGGCGAACACGCGCAGCAUCGCCACAUUCUUCACAAAACCGUGA